AUGCUGAUCGACAAUGUCAUCCCUGCCAUCAAGGCCAAGUGGCCGGCUGGCGACACGAAGCAUGUCCGCAUCCAGCAGGACAACGCAAAGCCGCAUGUCCCGCCCAUGGACCCAAGAAUCGUUGCUGCGGCCAAAGCGAUGGACCUGAACGUGCUCGACCUCGGCUUUUUUCGGUCGAUUCAGAAGCUGCAGGAACAAAACUACCCACGGUACAUCGACGACAUCGUUGCCGGUACCCUCUGA